CCUGUGUAUAUUCCUCUCCGGCUGCUGCCAUUGCCAGCGGCGUGUUGUCACGGUGAUGGACAUCAGCCCUCAGCCAAUCAACACACACGUGUUAAUGCCAAGAAACAUGAUCAUUUUCCACUUACUUCCCACUGCUCAUGUGAGUAAGAGGAUUGUAGCAGUGCCUAACAGAAAGAAGUCAGUGUAAAAUAGGACUCUUGGCAGUCAUACACUGAGGAUGGGAACCUGACCUGGGGGAGCUGAAUGGGUUUGAAUGAGGAGAUCUGGCCAGGUGAUGUACAGCAAUACGGGAAGCAGGAAUUAUGAGAACAUCUGCAUUUGACUGGAGACAUUGGACAAGGCUGAAUUUGGACUCCAGUUUGAGACGACCUUCGCAUCAAUCACAAACCUCAGAAAGACACAGAGAUGGUGCUGGCACACUGCCUUCAGAAACACUCUACUCAGGGCAUGACAAUUUGGAUGUGGUGCCCAGGCCUAAAGGUAUAUAGAGAUGGAGACCAUUUUUAAACAACUUGAGUGAACUAUGCUCUUGAACAUAUGGAAAGGAUAAUUUAAUCAUUUUUGAAUAUGAUGCCGAUGGACUGACUACUGUACAAUUAUUGGGGGCCUGUUUAAAGCAUUGAAGGAUUAAACUUCCAAGUUAAGUGAAACUUUAAUCGAAGCAAGAAGAUGUUCGUUGUCACAAAACCAAGGGCAAUGUAGCAAACUGGAGUUAGCAUAUCCUUAUCAUGGAGGCUACUAAAACCUCAGGUGAAGCGGAAAGUUCCAAACAGAUUAUCAGUUUAAAAGAUGACGAAACACACUUGCCAUCCGAGAUGACCCAAAGAGGCCAAUCCUCUGGCUCAGAGGACAAAAUAAGACUUGUGGAGCAACCCCAGACCCCAGUUGUAAGUCCAUCUUCUAGUAUGGAGUCACAGGUCCUUGCUUCAGAAAAUAUUCUUACCUCAAAAUCUAAAGAACAGUCUCACAUCCAGCUCCGGAGGAAGAACGUUCCUCUCCCAAACAAACGAUAUCUUCAGUCGGAACAUGAGCUGCUGUCAGAGGGCCUUCACAAAAAGGAGCAGAAGUCUGUUAAGACUGGGAAGUAUAUAUGCCAGUAUUGUGGGAGAGCUUGUGCCAAACCCAGCGUACUAAAGAAGCACAUCCGUUCUCAUACUGGCGAGCGACCGUAUCCGUGCAUUCCUUGCGGUUUCUCAUUUAAAACUAAGAGCAACCUCUACAAACACAGAAAAUCUCACACCCAUGCAGUGAAAGCAGGUUUGGUUUCAUUUUCAGAACAAGACAGCAAGCAUAUGGAUGAGGAGUUAACUGUGGCAGAGGGUGAGAUGCGUUUUGAUGCUGAGCAGAGCAGUGAAACCGAUGAAGAAGUCGUGGACAACUUGUCCUUGGAGACAACAAGCCAUAUCAAAGACAAAGAGGGUUUUGUGCAUGAAAAAGUAGUGAAAGAGGCAAAAAGGGAAACCAUGUGCGCGGCUCAGACUUCAGUCAAAAAGGAAACAGGGUCAUCAGGAAAAGUAUCUUUAUGGCAGUUCCGGGAAAUGUCGGCACCUGCGGCUAUUGCUCAGGUGGACCAAAUGAUUGAAUUCUCCACCAUCAAGCAAAGACUUGCACUUCGGCUUACGGAGAAGAAAAGUCAAGACUCUGAUCAGUCUCUUUCCCUGCCCAGUUCAUACAGUAAAGGCAGCACUGAUUCAGGAUACUUCUCACGUUCUGAAAGUGCAGAGCAACAGAUCAACCAGUCGAGCGUGAAUGCCAAAUCGUAUCAAGAAAUAAUGUUUGGGAAAUGUUAUAGACCAACGACCAGGCCAAAGCAAUCAAUCACUGUACAAACUUGCAUGACAGACAUAAAUGAAGCCACAUCUAGCUUCAUGAUUACCUUGAACAAAGGCAUGAUCCCUGGUGACACAGACUCCUCCAUUCACAGAAGCAAAAAAGACCUAGUUCGAUCAAUAAAAAUUGAUUCAGAGUCCUUCCAAGAGGAAGAUUACCAAGAAUGUCAAAACCCUAGCUCUGACUUUCCGGAAAUGGCACCAGACAGUAGUGUAUUCUUGCGCAGUAAUUCUCUUCCAACAUCGUCUAAUUCGAAUCUAAAUGCACCAGAAGGGCUAAGAAGCAGUAAUUCAUUUGAUGAAAGAUUGACAGGUGCUGAUGUCACCUACAGGGGUGCAAUGGGUAUGAGAAGACUAAUGCGGCAAGCUGCGUUUGAGCACUCUGCUAACGAAGGACAUGCGGAAUCAGACUGCUACGCUCAUCUGGCUUGUAGCUUAAAAUCAGACUUGAAAAUUCACAGCGUAGAUGAUUCCAAAAUGGGUGCAGAAAACUGUCAAGAAGCUGAUCUGUGUUCCAUAUCUCCAUGCUCCUUAUCUGAAAAUUCUACAAGGAAACGAAGAAAAGACAAAAAUGUCAUGGAGGAAGAAGACUUUCAUAUCCAAGUCAAGCCUUCUGGACACUCAGAGGAACCUGAAACAAAGCAAACUACUUUAGACGCCGCCUUUUCUGACACCGAGAGAAAGGCUGGCAGUAAUGUUAUCUCUGUCAUUCAACACACAAAUUCAUUAAACAGACUAAACUCGUCAGAAAAGUCAAGUGAUACUAGAUCGCAUCCCUUGAAGGAGCAUAACAUGGAGGUUCACAGAACAGAAGGAGUAGACUGGCAAUGGGGAAGCAGUGGUUUUCUACACCAGAAACUUCACAUGCCUAAACAGCCACCAUCUCAGCCCAGUAUCCAAGUUCCAGAGAUCAGAGUAACUGUGGAGCCUGACAGACCCGAAAAAGCUCAGGAUGUAGGGGUCAAGCAGAAGGAAAAACACGCCGAAGAGUUCCAGUGGCCACAGAGGAGUGAAACCCUGUCACAGUUUCCAAUGGAAAAACUACCACCCAAAAAGAAACGCUUGAGAUUAGCAGAAUUGGAAUGUUCUUCUGGAGAAUCUAGUUUUGAAUCUGCUUGCACAAGUCUCUCCAGAAGCCCGAGUCAAGACAGCAAUUUAUCUCACAGCUCAAGUUUUUCCCAGUCUCUUGACAGAGAGGAGACCCUAAACCUUGUGUCUCAAGCUAACCCAGAUGAGUUUAAUAAGCCUUUGGAGUUCUUAUCUGUGCCCGGUAGUUCACAAAGUCAUCACAGAGAGAUGAGACGUUCUGCUUCAGAGCAGUCACCCUACAAAUUACUCUCAGAGGUUCCAGAAUUUCGAAGCAAGUCUUUUGAUUAUGGGAGUCUUUCUCCUUCAUCUACAUCUAGGCUGGAUGAGGUUAAAGAGCGUAGAAGGGCCUUCUUGGUUAGGCAGGCAUCAUUAAGUGGUGAACCCGAAACACAAGGUGGUACAGUCUUAGAUGAAAUGAGCAAGAGAACCUUACCAAGCAAAAUAUUUACACCUGAGGAAACCAUUGAGAAAAUGAGGUACUCUUUGAUUUCCGGUAGUCAAUAUAGCCCAGUGCAAGCUUCAUCUCAAUAUGCCAAACCAAAUGUUUGCAAUGUUCAAGACAUGGAUAGCAUAAUGCUUCUAAUUAAGAAAGAACCUGAAGAAUCCAAUGCAUCUGAACUUAAUAUUAACUUAAGAAAACCCCAGGAAGAUUCUCAGAGUUUAGGCAAUGUUUUGUCAACGAUAGCAGUGCUUUCACAUGCUCACCAAGCAUUAGCAAGUCAAACCACUUCCAGCUUGUUAGUUCCUGUCAGAAUUCAGAUGCAAGUACCAUCUUACGGAAACAUAACGUACACUAGCAUAUCUCAUAUUCUGGAUUCUCAAACAAACAAUCUUAUAUCGUGCAGAGAACACAAAACUUCCUCCUGUCAAAGUCCUGCCAUUGUCCUGCCACAAAAUAUUGAUCUAUCUCCAGUGUCAGGGCACCCAAGGCGACAACUGCAAAACUCACAGGCAUCACCAGCAAAGCUUAAUACAGGUAUACCUCUAUCAUUAACCUCCAAAACUAUCUCUACUACAGAGGCCCCCAGUGGUGGAGCAAACAAGCGCAUGCUCUCACCUGCAAGUAGCAUUGAACUCUUUAUUGAAGCGAAACAGCAAAAAAGAGUCAAAGAUGAGAACAUUUAUGGCCAGAUUGUUGAAGAGCUUAGUGCUGUCGAGUUAGGAAAUCUUGAAGGUGAAAAAGAAAGUCCCAAGAAAGGUUUCAAAUCAGGAAGCACCCCAGAGUUGUGUGAGCCCACUGGGGUAGUAGAUAUGGAUGAGGACAGCCAAGACUUUUACAGCAAUCCAAAGUUACAGUCUCCUGCCAUAAUUCCUCAAGAUGCUGCUAUGAUGGAGAGUAAACCGACACCUGAACACAUGAUGCCUAGUUAUCGUUCUGGAAUAGGUUCAAUGCCCUCUGCUAUCACUGGUGCUUUACUGUUCUCUAAGUUUCCAGGUCUUCACACUACUACUUGUGUGAGCUGGUGCUAUCUCAACUCCACUAAGCCAAAUAGCACCAAAACAGUUGCACAUUUCUCUGAGUAUGCCACAUGGUUUGUGAGAUGCCAUAACCCUAACCCACCCGAUCUUAGCACUGGGGUGGUUCUUGCUCUUCUCCGAUCCAAACAGGGGAGGCAGAAUACCAUUUAUUCAAUCGCUACCAUGCAUCAGCCUGGAGUACUUGUGACCUCCACCCCCUGGAGACCGAAGCAAGAACAAGUAACUCCGGACUACAGAGAGGAAGAUACAAAACAGGACGUGAGGAUAAGAGACAUAAGCCAGAGGGGCAAAUCUUUACGAGAGGAUGUUGCAUCUACCUUACGGCAAAUUGAACCAGUCCGUGUGAAGAUUUUUGAAGGAGGGUACAAGUCCAAUGAGGAAUAUGUGUAUGUGAGGGGUCGUGGUCGGGGAAAGUAUAUAUGUGAAGAGUGUGGCAUUCGUUGUAAGAAGCCAAGCAUGCUCAAGAAACACAUUCGAACGCACACGGAUGUCAGACCCUAUAUGUGCAAAUGCUGCAACUUUGCUUUUAAAACUAAAGGGAAUCUCACCAAGCAUAUGAAGUCAAAAGCUCACAUGAAAAAAUGCCUUGAACUAGGGAUUUCACCCACAGCCAUGGACAAUUCAGAGGAUGCUGAUGACACCCAGAAGUCCUCUGGCAUAAUGCCAUUGGAAACGACCAUUAAACAUCAGUUCUCAGAUGUGGAAGACUCUGAUGGUGUCGAUGACGAUGAACCAGACGAUGAUGAAGAUGAUGAAUGUGAUGGUGAUUCUACACCAAAAACGCUGUCAAGAAGCACAAGUCCCCAGUCCUAUGCAGUCAACAAGCCAUGUAUGUCUGGUUGUAACCCUAAACACUUUGACCCAAGCCGCAAUCUACUGAAGGAACAGCUUGAAGUUUCCUCUCAGAGUAUUGACGAUGAUCUGACCUUUGAGCAGUCAAGCAGCUCCUUUGAGUCUUGCCCAUCUCAGCUGUUGUCGCCUUGUUGGGAUUCACCUCGCCAGAGGUACAUAUCUCCAAGAGGAGACCACUCGCCACAACGUCACCUGUUGUCAUGCCGUGAUUCGUCUCCUUUAAAGGCCAUUUCUCCAAGGAGAGAUCUGAGCAUCAGAGGGGACUUUUCACCCAUCCGGCAGCUGUCACCUGCAAGACCUACAGGUUCGGACCCAUCGGGGCAGCGAGCACAGUCUCCGCUGGGUCGACAUAAAGGGGUGCUCAGGGCCGUGUCUCCACGGAGGGGGUCUUAUCAGCAUAGGACCCUCAUGGAUCCGGGAAGGAGUGUGAGAUUUCAAGCUUCUGCCCUUAGACCAAUCAUUGGAAUGCACUCAGAUGUGGGAAUGGAUCAAGGGGAUACUCCUCAGAAUCUGUAUGUUCCUGUUGGCCUAUGCAGCAGUAGGGAUCUGUCCACAACCCUGCUGCCCGACAUCUUCAGCCAUUUGCCUUUGCACUCUCAAGGACAGGUGCCAACACCUGUCCCGAUGAUCCCUAUUGGGGGGAUAAGAAUGCCCUCCACGUCAAUAUCUGGUGCUGCUGGGGAGAGAAAUACGCUCCCAUCAAUUCCACAGGGGAAAAUAUUAGAAACGGCUAGUUCUGGCCAGAACUCAGCCCCUGCCCUAGAUCCUGGAGUGGCUUACAGUGGAGAAAUAGCAACCUCUUCCACUGGCCUUCAUUGCAAAGAUGAUAAAAAGGAGGAGAGCGUCUACAUCUGUGCAAAAGCUAUUGCAUCCCUCAGAAUCACAUCUGAAGAUGCCGCCGAUAAACCACCUAAAAGCUGACUUUGUAAGCACUGUAUAAUCGCAUUCAAAAGUAAAACUAAAUCCAAGCUCAGACCAGAAACAUACUUUAUGCAAGUAUUCAUACAUAGUGAAUGGCUGUGUUGAACACACCUUACAUGCGUUCUUGUGUUGCACUGGCAGUUCUUCUGUACUGAAGGAGCGAUAGAGUUACCUUUAAGUGUCUGUGCCAUUAAACUGGAUGUGUUAUUCUUCAGGUAGCUGCUGUUAAACAAGCCAAGUUUAACAAACUUUAACUAACUUGCUCAGCUAAAUUCUCAAUAGUUGACCUGGAAGAGAACAAUGACUCAGAGCGCCACCUUGCAGCUUUAUACAUUGCAGUCUGACAUUUCAGAGGGUAAAAAUGCACAAAAUUGUGUAGAGUGUGUUUUUGGCCUUGGAGUCUGACCAAGAUUAUUUGGAGUUUUGGUAACGUGGGCAAAAACUAAUUAUAUGCACAACAUCGCGCAUUUUCAUUCAUUUCAAUGCACAUGCCAUAUUCUCUAUACCUGCCAUACCAAUUUUAACUAUAAAUGUGUAUAAGCUUAGAAUUUACAACAAUAUGUGCGAAAAGAAAUAUUAUUUCAUGGAAACUAUUUAAAUGGCAGAUCUGCAUCUCACAGGACAAUUUAAACAAUUCCUACUACAGGAAGUGCAUCAAGUCCCGAGUAUAAUACAAAGCACUGGUCGCAAUUCUAACUGACAUCGUCUCCAUUGACUUCUGCUUGUGCCUUUUAAGAAGAUGUUUGGAUAUCCCUCAAAGAGAGAAAGUCAUUCGAUGUACCCUAUUUAUGCACUUAACAAUAGUGGUGGUCAUAAAGGUUAACUAAUAUGAGAUAUUGUGGUUGCUUUUUGAGAUUGCACUUACAGUAUUAAGUACAGUAUGUUAAAGUUUGCAUAUUGCAUUAAGCUGUGCUAUGACAUUGCCUUGUAUGCUGUUGUAUAUUUUUGCUGGCACCUUUAUAACUUAACUGCAUUAUGAGCGUUCAAGAUUAUGAACCUGAUGAAUUCUUUUGUUUAAACCUUCUCCACCGUAUAGUAUUUUUCUAAAUGUAUCAUACCUCGUUUCCUUUAGACUUUAGAUUUUUCUGCACUUAAGCAAAGAAAUGUCAUUACAAGGCAUUUUUAAUAUAGAUCUGCAUAUUAUGAUAUAAAAAGUGGUAAGUAUUGUGCAUUAAGAUGACUAUUUGAAGCACUUUCUAGGUAGCUGAUAGACUGAAUGCCGUGUCAUCAAUAUUGGAGCUCUUUUGAAUCAUUUUAGAUGAUUUUUGUUUUCAUUGAAUUAAUCUUGACACAACAUUCCAGUCACUGUUAUGUCAAAUAUAUGUGCACAUACAGUACAUACACACAUUUACAUGUUUAUACACACACGUACAUAUUUACAAACACACUCACAUAAUCGCUAUCAUGUACUGUAAUUACUUUUGAAGAGUGUCUCGUGUAGAAGUAAACAAAAAUGAAAUGUUACAUUUGAAGGGAUAGUUGCUUUUUUCAGGUUUUUCUUGCCAUCAGAUAAAUGAGUUUGUCUGGUGAACUUGUCUGACUGUUUGAAUGUAUGAAUUUUUAACCUAAGUCAUUUUAAAUGUCUUUAAAGAAGGUAUAAGUGCUAUCUCAUAUUAAACAUAUUGAUAUCAUAUGAAGUAGCAGUCAGUUUAUGGUAUUUAUAUUAAUAGUCUGAGUAUUAAAAAAUGCUGAGAUGGUAAAUUUAAACUGAGUUUAUACUGAAGGAACUUUCAUGUCAUGUUUACAGUAUUACAUAUUAAAGAUUUUGAGGUAUCUAAUUUCAGUUUAUGGCAUUUUAGAAGUUACAACUGUUAUUUAUCUUUGGACUGGUACAUGGUCAUCGUUUAGUGAAGUUUAUGAAUGUUUCUUUUGUUUUGCCCAUAAAGGCAGCUGAUUUCUUUUUAUUUAAAUGUUUGUUUUUGUUUUACUCUGAUUACAAGAUGUCCUUUAGAAAAAAUGAAAAUUAAAGUUCUAUCA